GAAAAAACGAGGAAAACCAAACCCUACCCUCUUCUUGUCCAACGUGAAGCUCUCUGCGGUUUUUCUUCCCUUCCACUGACUGUCCUCCCUCCAAACUCCUUCUCCGGCGAGCAGAACCCAUCAUUGACGGGCGGCGGCGGCGAGAACUGCCACCAGCGACGCAGCGUCACAUCCCGACCUGGUAUCUCUCUCCCAGCCUUCUCUUCAGCUACGACACCCCAUCGUUUACCCACGACUUCAGUCCUCUUUAGACCUGAAACGCACACUUCGUAGAAACCAGUCUGUAUCCAUGGGUAGGAAAGCUGGUUCUUUAUAUAUCAACCCAAAGAAGUUUGGCGCUCUUGGCAAACCUUGCAUGAAGGAAAUGUUAGCAUUUCUCAAUUGCAUUGCUCUUAAUCAAAACAACGAUGAUAAGUGCACCAGACAAAAGGAACUUCUAAAUACUUGCAUGGAUGCUCAGGCCAGCAGAAACAGGAAACCUUGGGGUAGCAUUAAUUACCACUUGCAGAGGCUUAACAGGGGAAGAAAGUAGUUUGAGAUUCUAUUGAGAGAGUGGUUAAGUAGCUCUGUUAUCAAGAAUCAGAGGAAAAUCUGCCGGAAAUGUUUAAAUUUUGAACUGACAAAGCUGUCUACAGUGAAUUGUUGUUAGAACCAAUACCCAGGUGCAAUUCCUUGACGUAAUUAUUAUCAUAUUUAGUGCCAUUUCCUAAGGUAUAUUUGGUUGGGAAACUUAAUUGUUGGCUUCUUUCUUGUAGUCAAAUUUUUUAGAGCUCUGCUGUUAGCAUAUCAAGUUAUCAUAAAUCUCAACGAGGAUAGUAAAUAUUCUACUGAUUUUCUGA